AUCCUGGGUGAACCAAGGAGUCACGCCAAAACGCAGGUUUUGUCCAGCUCUAUAACAAUCAAUGUCCUGACGGGUGUCCCUCAAGCACCUCGUUCAUAAGUUUCCGCAAGCGAGAAAGCGACGGUAAUACUUCUCUAGUCUCGUUACAGCAGCGCCUGGAACCAUGUGCACAUUAUUUUCAUCUACCUCGUAGCUUUAGCAGUCGUAGAACGCUGCGUGGCUCAAGGCGGAGUUUGUUGGAGGCCACAUCCAGGCUGCUGGUCCUUCGUUGUUUCCAGCUUCAUAUCUGGCUACAGCAAGCUGCUGGCUUGGAUAUGGGGCAAAUGACAGGACAAGGCUCGGCAGAGUUCGACGUGCGGUCAGCGAGAGCAGCAUGCUUGGGCGAACAAGCUUCACCGCACGCUUAUUUGACGUAUGCUGAAGUGAAGGAGCCUACGCCGCACGACGUGCUGCUUCUCUUGGCGCGCACGACCGCUAUCCUUCUCGCCUUCGCGCUUCUGGCGCUUGUCAUGAAGGGGCUUCAGUGGUGGCUGGACAAGAAGCAAGCCGACCGGGCCCGACAGCAGGCGCAGCAGGAGUCAAUGCAGCGUCUACGCACCCUAGCCGACCGCGGCCGCCUCUUCUGCACCUCUGGCGCAGUCGCCGCCGCCGCCGCCGCUGCAGCCACCGGCUCCGGCGGCAGUAGCUGCGGCGAGCCCGGCUCGGCGUCGGGCUGGGGAUCCGGCGCCGCCACGCCGCCCGCCGCGCCGCCAGCGAGUGGCGCCAUCGGCGGCUGGCCGGAGCUGCUUCUGCGUUCCAGUACUGUGAGCGUCAGAGACGGGACGGAGGAGCUGCAGGAGGAGGGAGAUGCCUUUGAGGCGGGAGACCACAUCUGCUGGCGCUGCGGCGGCGACCGCAGCGGCGGCGGGUUCGGCAGCGGGCUAAUCAACUCCGCAGCGACGACCGUGCUGCACCGGCGGCGACAGCACACACAGCACGCAUACGAGGGCAGUGACGGCGGCAGGGCGCCUUGCUACUGCCGGUCGGGCAAUGCCGCCGGCGGCUGUAGCAGCACACGCAACGCCUCCACCUGCGGCACCGGUGAGCUACGCAGCGGCGGCGGCGGCUACGGCCGUGCCCACUCAAACAGCAGCUGGACGUGGCUGUCACGAUACGACAGCGGUGACGCCGGCGGCGCCAACACCGCUGGCGGCGGCGCUCUUGCCAGCGGCCGUAGCAGCGGCGGAUUUCUGCAGCAGCAGCAGCAGCAGCCGUUUCGGCGCCGUUCAAACUACUCUGACGAAUUCCAGGGCUCCGCGACAGUCGCUGCACAACAACACCACCAGCAGCAGUACCACCAACAACAGCAGCAGCAGCAACAGGAGCUACGGGGUGCAGCCGGUGGCGGGAUGGCUGGCGGCGGCAGGCAGCUGGUGCGCCGGAGCGCCAGCAGUGUCAGCAGCGUCGGCGGCCGCAGCGGCGGCGGGCCGCGCCACCACCAGUACCACCCCAUGCACUCGGCUAUCCUGGAGCAGCAGGCGCAGGGGCAGGUGCAGGGGGGGCUGCUGCGGUCGCAGCGCAGCGAUGGGUCGCUUGUGUCGGGCGGCCCGGGGUCGCCGAGGCACGUGCUCGGACACACGUCACCCGCCACCAUCACUGCCACUCGCCAGGUGCUCGCUGCUUUCAACUAUGACUAUUCGGCCCUUCACCGCCGGGAGUACACAUACAUCGCUGGACACGGCCGCUACGCCAACUAGAGGACCAAUCGCGGUGCCAAGUGCUCGGCUGCUCUGAUGUGCGGCUUGCUAGACUGCAUCGCGCGCAGCAGUCGAGAACCCGAGCGGCAGAAGCUGACGCAUCGGACGCACGUCCACAGCAGCAGCAGCAGCCGGGUCGAGUGGGCUGGGGACGCAUUGGCGGCGGCGGCGGUGGCUCCCGCUCACCAUUAGAGCGCGCACGAGCGCGACGGUAGGGGGGCUGAAACAAGUCCAGCCGAGCCGACGCGCCUUUUGCAGUACGCAACAAGCGGCCAGCUGUGUGCAAAGACAGGGAAAAGGGUCGACUGUGUCACUGUGUGUUUCUUUUGUGCUCCUCCUGCCAGCCCACAUUGGGCGGGCUUAGAGGACCAAGACGAAACAGCGGUGGCGCGUGCGGGUGUCUGGCUGGUGCAGGCAGCGGCCCUGAGGUGGUAGGGCUGGUAGGGAGGUAAGGUGCGCGUUUGAACGGAGCCAUGCAACCCAUAAUGUUGCGUGGGUGUUUGUGGUUUUCGCUUGUCUCGAAACACGGCAUCUGAGAUCAAAUCAACAGACAUUGGGCUCAGAAGCACGGCGUAAACCUCUCUUGGGUUUCCGGAAGUCCUCCUGUCCUAUUGGACAACGAGCUGCACAUCGGAGAUGAAACAUGGUCGGUAAACACAUCAAGGCUCCUCCAAUUCUGGGGUCAACGUCUGCGGUGAGGUCAACGUCUGUGGUGGGUCAGCGUCUGUGGGUGGGCGGGUGGCCUCAGAAGUCCAACUUUGAGAUUUGUUCAACAACUAGCCAGAAAGUACUUUCACUUGCAUUGAAGUUUGGAGAUUCACGUAUUGAAAAGUAAGUAUGACUUGUUCAUUUGUCUGGAGGCAGGAGGGCUUGUGGUUGCAAAAAGGUGGUAGCAGGAGGUGUCUGAAAUUGGCGAGAGGUGUGUGGAGACCAGCGGGGGGGGGCACGGCAGGACUGCGGUAGUCGGGUCAGGCUGCAGGAUGGGGCGGCACUCGGCGUGCUUGCAGGAGGGGUCUGGUGCGGGCAGUGGGUUUGAGACGGGGCCAUGGUCGGGAUGGGGAGAUCGAGAAGGUAACACGGUGGUGGGGGUUUUGCAUGCGCGGCCACGGUGCCACUUUGAAAAUGGCAAGACUGACACACCUUCAUUUGUGUUGCCUGCUAGGCGGCUGCACCACGUAUGUAUCUGCCUGCAGCGUGUUAUUUAUCUUCACUGGGGGUGUCAGGCGUUCAGUGGGGCUGUGCGCUGUGCAUGGUCAGGCAUUCAGGAGCCAAAUGCCAAGUCAUGCUUGCUUACAUUAAAGCUUUGACGUCCGUGUGUUGAUUGAGGCGUGGGUGAAGACUGGAGAAGCAUUCAGGAAGCCUUGGAGCGAGAAGUGGCCUGCGUCCUUUCGUGGACAUCUGGGUUGUUUCUAUUUCAAGUUGCUCCUGAUUUUUGGGGCCUUUAGGUACUCGGUGAACGAACCGAACGUGAGCCGCAUGUGCCGGGCACGGUUCAUCGGCUGCGCGGUAGUUCAUGCGCUUGCGUGGGGGAGUUGCAAGAGUUACCUAUACGUUUAUGAGCUGGUUUGGGUGUCGGGGUCAUUCGGGGCAGAGACGGGUCAGUGCGGACACAGGGCGCGCCACUGCCCUCGGAGCCCCGGUAGGUGUCUUCACACCGGGCAGUCCUACAUGCCGCGUCAAGCGUGGCGUGCGUGCGGCCAAAGUCUUUUUGGUCCCUGUGUCUAAGUUUGUGGGUUGGCGCUCUUAUUUUUGUUGUUGCUUGUGGUUAGUGCCGCAUCGUGGUGGUCAUGUAGGUACGCUCAAAUGGUGUACGCAAAACAUAGAGUUGCGCGCGUGAUAUGUGGGCGGUCGUUGUUGCUGGAUGUUGCUCGUGAGGAUUCGGGCAUAUUUUGUGUUGGGGGGGGGCAGUCGCAUGUCAAUCCACGUCAUGGGGGUGGGGGCGACUGGGGCCGCAUUGGCCUCGCCACCUUCACCCUCUGACGCCGCGCGCGGCGGGGGCCCACACAGUUAUGUGAUCGGCACCUGUGUGUCCUGGUAUGAGACUGAGACUGCUAUCCCGUGAUAUGGCUUUCGAGUACAGCAGCGGUGCUGUCUGAUGUUACAAUUUGUAGUCCGUUUCGCGGUAUUCCAGGGUGUCGUGAGCUGGGACAUGAAACGUCCUACCAGCCGUCCGGCCUUGUUCCGUGAUGUGAGGGGCUAGAUAGGUUGAUCCUGUCCUAGCGCAAGCCCUGUUGCACCGUCCUGAGUGGUCGUGUGUGCUAGGCACAAGCUCGAUACACUGUUUGCGUGUGGGGACGCCGUGUUGGCGAGAGCCACGGAUGGCCUAACACGGGGGGCAUGUCGCACCCAUGGAGGGCACUGUAAGAGUGUAAGACACGUGCAGCUA